AUGUCGCGAAAGCAGGCCGACCAUGACUACAAUCUCCGUAGUAUGAGCAACCUGAUGGGCGAGCGGUGGAAGAAGGUGAACGACGGAGGAGAGCGGAGUCUGAUCAAGGCUCCGUCCAGCGCCAGCAUCAGCAGCCAGGGCGCCUCCGCCGCCGCUUCCACCGCAGGUGCCCCAGCAGCACCCGCCUCUUCCACCGGGGACCUGGAGAGGGCUGCCCGCAAGCAGUUCCAGCAGGAUGUCACGCCCGGCUUCGUCUACGUCUUGGCCGCCUUCUCCGCCCUGGGGGGCUUCCUGUUCGGCUACGACACCGGGGUGAUCUCCGGGGCGAUGCUCCUGCUGAAGAGGGAGCUGGACCUGAGCGCCCUGUGGCAGGAGGUGCUCAUAUCAAGUACUGUGGCCGCGGCCGCCCUGUCUGCCCUGCUGGGCGGCUUCCUCAACGGGCUCUUCGGGCGCAGAGUGUGCAUACUGCUGGCCAGCUUCUUCUUCACCGUCGGGGGGAUCGUACUGAGCACCGCCCCUGGCAAAGAAGUUCUGCUGGCAGGGAGGCUCAUCGUCGGAACGGGGCUUGGUAUUGCCUCUAUGACAGUGCCAGUGUACAUCGCCGAGGCCUCUCCGCCCCACCUCAGGGGUCAGCUGGUGACGGUGAACACCCUCUUCAUCACCGGUGGACAGUUCACUGCCAGCCUCAUUGACGGUGCCUUCAGCUACCUGCAGCACGAUGGCUGGAGGUACAUGUUGGGUCUGUCGGUGCUUCCCGCUGUGCUCCAGUUCAUCGGAUUCCUGUUCCUGCCAGAGAGCCCCCGCUGGUUAAUCCAGCGCGGGCUAACCCAGAAGGCCCGCCGCGUGCUCAGUCAGAUCCGAGGCAACCAAAACAUCGACGAGGAGUACGACAGCAUCAAGAACAGCAUCGACGAGGAGGACAGCGGAGGAGAUGGCCCGGUGAUCUGGCGGAUGCUGACCUACCCCCCAACUCGGCGAGCCCUCCUGGUGGGCUGCGGUCUUCAGAUGUUCCAGCAGCUUUCAGGAAUCAACACGGUCAUGUAUUACAGCGCCACCAUCCUGCAGAUGUCAGGAGUGCGGGACGACAGGCUGGCGAUCUGGCUGGCUGGACUUGCUACCCUCACCAACUUCCUGUUUACCGUGCUAGGAGUGUGGUUAGUGGAGAGAGUGGGGCGCAGGAAGCUCACCUUGGGCAGUAUAGCAGGUACAUGUCUGAGUUUGAGCCUGUUGGCCAUCGGUUUUCUAAUGUCUGCCCAGCACAGUCCUCCUGUCACCUUCCACCCACCAGACCCAUCUAUGGCCAACUCUACCUGCUCCAAAUACCAGCUGUGUGAGCCAUGUAUGCUGGACCCUGGAUGUGGUUUUUGUUACCGCGAGAAUGGCUCGGCGCUCCUCACCUCCUCCUGUGUGCCAGUCAAUAAGGCCUCCACCGAGCAAGCAGCAUGGGGCAGAUGCUCCAACUCCAGCCUGAUGAGAGAUCAAACCUACUGGGCAUACAACUACUGUCCUACCACCUACUCCUGGAUGGUUUUACUGGGUCUGGUGCUUUACUUGGCUGCUUUCGCUCCAGGGAUGGGUCCAAUGCCAUGGACCAUCAACUCAGAGAUCUACCCUUUGUGGGCAAGGAGCACAGGCAAUGCCUGCGCAGCCGGAGUCAACUGGACCUUCAACAUCCUGGUGUCUCUCACCUUCCUCCACCUGGCUCAGUACUUCACCUACUAUGGAGCUUUCUUCCUCUACUCCAGCAUGGCUUUGCUGGGUUUCUUCUUUAUCUACGGCUGCCUGCCGGAGACCAAAGCCCGCCGUCUGGAGGAGAUUGAAGCGCUGUUCGAAAACCAGCUUUGCUCCUGCGGCGCCUCUGAUUCAGACGAGGGACGGCAGGUCGAAUAUAUCCGAGUCAAAGGUUCAAACUACCAUCUAUCGGACAACGACGCAUCUGACGUGGACUAGGGAGAGUUUGAGUGUUGGUAACCUCCCUCUGGGUGUUUAAUUCGCUUUUGUGAUAACUGAAACAUGCAGAGAGUAACAUUUUUCGUUUUUUGUGUGGGAGCCACUGGUUAUCCUCACUGUGAGAUUGAAGAAUCACAGUUUAUAAGGCAGUUUUGCUAACGUGAGUGAGUUCACUUUCAAUUCAGUCGAUUCAGGAAUCUGAAGUCAAUGAUAAUGCUUCAGCUGGUAGCAGGAGUGUGAAUGUUUUGUUUUCAGCCUGUUCUCUGAAUUGAGGGUGAAUUGACUCCAGAUUUGGUGUCAGUGGUCAACCAUGCACCAUAUCUCAAUUAUGAAAGGUUAAAACAUUGCCUUUUCCACAGAUAACAGACAGGUGUUCAGUGUCUUUUUCGUGGACACAGAAAACAUGACUGUUGAUGUACAAAAUAAAAGGGACGCUUCCCCUAUCAUGAAGUCCACUGAUGAUGAUGAUGAUGUAAGUAAGAUGUCCCUAAUAUUUGGUACAUUCUCUGACUCUAAAUAUAAUUUUUAUAUGUUGUACAUACAGUACAAAAGGUAAAACAUGACACAGCCAUCCUUCAGCAUUAUGUCAGAAUACAUUUCCAUUGAGAACAUUUGAAAAGGUACAGUAAACUUGGUCUUGAAAAACAGGAAAAACAUCAACAAACAUUUGUUGACAUGAUGCAGUUGUAACGUAUUGUUGAUCUAUAGUACCAUUAUGCCUUUCUAUAUGAAACACAUCUCAGUUAAAUGUUGUUUAACCUUGUGUCAUAGCACAAAAAUGUCAGUUCCACAUCUUAGUUUGUCUUGUUCUGAUAUUUUUAUGAAAAGCAAAGACCAGAGAUGUACAGCGUGUUGUGCAAGUUUAGAAAACUUGUAUUGUCAGUUGGUGCCUAAAGAAACCUACUCACCAAUCUAGUAGCACUCAAAGAAAUUUCUGUUGCUAUGGUUUAUUUGUUAUAAUUAAUUAAUUUAAAUAAUAUUUUUUGUCAAUCAGCUUUGCAACAAAUUACUAAGUGUUUUAGCAGUCUGUUUUCUUCAGUUCCAGACCUUCAAUUCUGUUGCUUUCCUGCCUCUAAAAAUUGUAGUUUUUAACAUACUUCUAUGGAGAGUAGUCUCAUCUCAAGUUGCCAAAACCUACACAAUGAUGCCACGUUAUUAACCUACAUAGCUACAUUAGUCAUUAACUUUUGCUGAUUGCUGGUUGUUAUAUUAAAUGUGUAAGUCCAGCAACUAAAGUGGUAGACUAAAACUAUGAUUUUUGAUUGAGACCUGUAUUUCAAGUAUUUCAUCCUAUCUUUAACAUGAUAAUACUAGUGCCUGUGUAUUGUGAAGGUGCCUCUUAGCUGUUUUUGUUUUCUCAGUUCAAAACACUCAAGUGGAUGUAUUAUAUCAUGUUAUGAUAAUUUGGUCUACAUAACUUUUAUUUUAUGUGUACAUAUUUUAACUGUGAUGGAAUAUUAUUAUUUUUUACUAUAAUUUCAUGUAUUUUGGUUUUUGUCUUCCUCCAUAGCCUUAUGUACAAAUAGCAGAGCAUAUCAUUUAUGUGGUUCUUGUGUCAAACUUUGAGGACUGGGCUUUAGCGUAAUUUGCCAAUGUUGUUUUGUAAAAUUGUAAAACUGUGUGAGGUUACACCUUGUUAGUCAAAUACACAUAGGUUUCUGUGUAGCAAAAACAGUUUACGGAGUAACUUUGUAUAAGAAAACAAAAUAGGUAAAAAGGCGUUAACAAGUUGCGCUGUUACCAUGUCCAAUGAACAUGUCUCUCUCAUGGCAGACCAUGUCAAGUGAAGGACAGUCAUUUUGGCACAUGGGUCCUAAUCCAUCAUGAAUUAAUAAGAUAUAAUACCUCUUUUUAAUAAACUUUUCAAAUGAGAAGCUGUUUAUUAAAUGCUGCGGCACAAUGUAGUGAGUAUUCGCAUCAAGUAUUGUGAUAUUUUUGGUAUUGUCACAGUGUCACGUGUACAUAUGUAUGCCUAUGGAAAUGGUUAAUCAUCACAACAGGAAUUAGUACAAUAUUACUUACAUAAAUGGCAAGACAAUAAUAAAAUGGCAUAAAAACACCAUUAUGUGGAAACCUUAUUACUGUCCUUUGAACCUUUAGGUUAAAAUGUACUAAAUUGGGCUCGUUAACCUUUUCAUCCAAGAGACUAGAUUAAAGGUGGAGAAACAUAGCUUGACUUUGAUUUAAAAUGUGGUAUUGAAUGUGGUAAAAUAAAGGUAUUGUUUUAUCAGUUGGAUUGUCAUUUGGAUGACUUGUCUUAAAACCACAGACUACUUUUGUACUGACAGUGUUAUUACAGUUAAAAUACACACAGAUGAAGCUCCAUAACACAGACUGUGUAACUGAACUUGUGCUGACCAAAUAUUUAACGUGAUUGUUUCAGGCUGCGCCUUGUCAAAGAUCAAGUGGUGUUCUGCCGUUAACAUCCAGUUGUGUUGACGCUGUCCUCUGUCACAAUGGGGACAUUUAAUGUGUACUUGUGGUGAAAUGGUUGCAAUUUUUUUCAAUGUGAACCAACUACGUGUGUUUCUACAGUUUACGAGGAAUUACAAAAACACACACAAAAAAAGAGUGCAGUAUAGUAUAUUUGAUUAAUGUUCAAGCUGUAAAUGUUUUGCUAGAGUUUAUAUUCUAUAAGAAAUAAAUAUGUUCAUGAAAUCUUAACACUUGAUUAUG